AUGCGCACUAAGGAGCGACUACACGGCACAGGCGAUUUGACAGAUCACGCGCAGAUAGAAUGGCGUUUCCUCCCCUGCGACGCGGAGGAAUGGGAGGCUGCGCAGUGCGGGUUAGCGCCCGGCCCCCGCCCCGAGCCGCCCGCGCGGCCCCUCUCCGUGGUGGACGAGUCCUGGGAGCUGCUGGACCCGAGUCCGGACGUGCGCGGCCUCUUCGUGCAGUUCAACGAGGAGCUGUUCUGGGGGCGGCUGGCGGCCGUGGAGGUGUCGUGGAGCCCGCGGAUGACGCUCUGUGCUGGCGUGUGCAGCUACGAAGGAAGGGGUGGAAUAUGUUCCAUCCGCCUAAGUGAACCGUUGUUAAAGCUAAGACCAAGGAAGGACCUUGUAGAGACUCUAUUACAUGAGAUGAUUCACGCUCUACUGUUCGUUACUAACGAUGACCGAGACCGUGACUCUCAUGGGCCAGAGUUCCGUAAGCACAUGCGUCGCAUCAAUCGCUUGACUGGAGCCAAUGUUACAAUCCGUCACAACUUCCAUGAUGAGGUGGAUUUAUAUCGCCAACAUUGGUGGCGAUGCAAUGGCCCAUGUCAAAAUAAAAAGCCUUAUUUUGGGUAUGUGAAACGUUCAAUGAAUAGGGCACCCUCUGCAAGAGACUUCUGGUGGGUGGAGCACCAAGAAUCCUGUGGAGGCACAUUCACAAAAGUGAAAGAGCCAGAGAACUAUUCUAAAAAAGGCAAGGAAAAAACCCAGCCAGGAAAACUUUCAAGCUCCAAACCAUCUGAUGAUAAAGGAAAGAAAUAUGGAGGUGAUACACAAAGCCUAAUUCCCUUUUCUGGAAAUGGAUAUCGGCUUGGGGGAACAAACAGUGGAUCCUCAGAAAAAAUCACAAGCUCAAUCACCACUAUUAAGAGCAAAGAAAUACUUAGUUCACCACAUCCAUCAGCAGCUAGAAGCACAAGACCUGUUCCUAAAAAUGAAAUAAAAUUUGAAAACUCGCCCCGCAGCAACGCUCUCUUUCCACUUAAAUUUGAUGAUACUAGUCAUGAAAACAAAUUUGCCUCGGAGCUUGAAUUUCCUAAAUUAUCCGUUGCUAAUACAAAAGUUUACAAGAACAUUAAUGGGUCGCCUGUUAAAAUUUCUGCUCUUAUUGGAGGAAAAUCAAACAGACUUUCUACAAAUGCUAAGUGGGCUUUGCCAUCUUCUAAUGAGACACCAAGACAGAUUUUCUUUGAACAAACUCCAAGAGCCUGGGUUGCAUCUCAGGGAAAUAAGAGCUUGGAAACUGUUGGUAUGCCAAAGAAACGGCCAAAAAUGGAGGACAAAACUGCCUUUGAAAACUUCUUCAUAAAAAGAGAGAGAAUGGAUAGCAAUUUUAGAACUAGCACUCCUAUAAAAAGCCUUGCUGAAUCAACAGUGUCCUCUGCCAGUACUAAUUCUGCUGUCAAUCAGGUUAAAAAUGUCAGCUGUCCUGUUUGCCAGACUGAGGUUUUGGAAUCUAAAAUAAAUGAACACUUAGACUCCUGUCUCUCCUAGGAAUGCAAGCUCAAAACCAAGCGCUGACAAUGUUUUCAAAACUUUGUUUUGCUCGGGGUUUGUCCAGCUCUAAUUAUUGUCAUGUGCCUCCCUGCUAGCCUUCAUCAUCCAAGCUUGGGAAAACACUUGUGUCUCUGUGUCGAAUGAGGUCUAAGUCACUUUCAGCAUGGAAGGACAGUUCUGAUCUUUUGGAUCUUAAUUUGGAUAUUAAGAUGUGACAUAAGUACUAGAGUAUCAUGUCUCUCUCAUAUUUUUAUAUGUUUGUGCUUUAGUAUAAGGAUGGUUGGGAUACAUUUUUGCUAGGAAUUUAUUGCCAUGGAAGGAGGCAUAAUUACUGGGUGCAUUCUGAAGAAAAAUAUCUGUCUGAUGAGAAAAAGUUUAUUAUUUUAACCUUGCUAUUUUGUCUUUGAUCUUAAAUUUAUCUGGCUACUCUUAAAUAACUUCUAGGCUGUCCUUCAGAUCCAUAGGUAACCGCCUAUUUAUCUUUUUUGUUUGUUAGUUUUUAACUGCAGCGCUGUUUCUCAUGUCUUGCAGAUAUUUUUACUACUGACAUCAAAUAUUAUUUUUAAACCACAGCUACACUUUCAAAUGAUGGUUUCUGUCCAGAAGUAUUUUAAAAAAGGUAUGAGUGUAGGUGUGACUAGAUGCUCAUAUGAUGACCAUAUUAAAAGUGGGGAGAAAUUAAUAUGAUGAAAAAUUAGGUUAAAUGUUCAUUUGCAUAUAAUCUUAGCUUAAAGGAUAGGUAGGAGUGUGAGGACAGGAAAAUGAGUAAUAAUAAGGAAUUCUAGAUCACUAACCAUGCUGGAUUUAUCAGGUAGAGGAAGAUUUAAGACCUAGCUUGGAGGAUUUGAUAGGAGAUUAGUCAUUUUGUAUUACUUGUCUUUAAGAUAGGUGGGAACAGGAGCUGAGAUGGGUAUUUUUAAGUACACUUAUUACAAUGUACUUACAAGGCUGUUAGGAGUUCUGUUGGUCUCAGCUUUUUGUAAUGCACCUGUAUAGUGGGUGAGAAGGAAGAACUAACCAGUUUUCAAACAACUUUCACUUUUUUUUCCUUAUCUCUUGCACUGAUGCUAAUACUUAAAGUUUAGUGGUCUCACUCCUUCUCAGGAUAUGUGGUUUGUAUAAUUGAGCACUGUUUGCUGAGAGUGCCUUAAAUAGAAGUUGUGCUGAGUACGGGUAGUAAAACUAGGAGAGCUGUAUCACUAUUCUGCCACAAAAGUCUUUCUGAAGUCUGAAUUUAAAUGCAACCUUGUAACUGACUCCAGUCCAGAAAGUCCAGUCAGUUGCUGCCUGAGGCAGAUCUUACCUUGACUUCCCUAUCAGCCUAACUAGUUUGCCCGUAUGCACCAACACUACCGGUUAUUAUAUGUUAUGAAUACUGAGUAGGAUAGUAUACAGAGCCUAUUGAAAUGUUUACUGUUCAAUUGGUGCACUAAAAGUAUUCAGUUGAAUAGGUCUGACAAUUGGGGCAACUUGUGACUUGUAAAACAAGUUGCCCGCAUAAGCAUUUUUAUAAUAACAGACUAUUUUAUACCAAAUUGUCUAUUAUACUGCUGCUAAGCUUGUAGACUGGCUGGGAUGGCAGCCAGUGGUGCAUUUGAAGUUAUUUACAGGUCACAGUCCCUGUGAAUAAACAAGUUAUGCUGUUA